AUGCUACGCUAUCCUGGCCUGGAGUUUCGCAAAGAAGAUUUUGCCGAAGUCCUUGACGUUCGUACCUAUCCCAGUUCAGUCGAUCCCAGAGGUCUAGUGUCUGGGGGUCAUAUUACCUUACGAGCGCCGUUGUUUCCGUUGAAAGGGACAUGGGAAGACCGCACCAAUGCGUGGGAAGAAUUUCUGAUAUACCACAGUGGCAGCCAAUCAUUCGAUUGGUGUGUCACUUGUAGUCCCGACUGGCCCCCGAAAGCCGAAUGGUCUGGGGACAACGAUUGCUACUGUGUGCUCGACGACCCGGACAGCCCGGAAUUGCUGCUCCCGAACCAUGUCAUCGGUGUGCCAAUAUUCCUCUUGAUCAUUCGUACAAUCUACGAACCCGACCCCAGUGAAGAGGGCCGCAUUCCUUAUUCUGAAGGCUACCAGUUUCUGGGCCUGGUGCUCAAACCGCUCGAACACCUCGACCAGAUCCAGGCAAAGGCAAUGGAGAAUUCGGAAAGCAAGCUUUCGUUUGUGAGGGUCGGGUUUGGCAUGAUGCAUCUGAGCGAAGAGGACGGUGAGGAGGCACUUCACCGCUUUGGGAACACGACUGUAACUAUCUUUUGA